AUGGUUGAUCGCGCACCAUCUGCGCGAGAGAAAUCUAUCAAGACGGACGAGAGAUAUCGGCCUCGUCGUCGUCAUCUAGUGUCAGGAAACAGGGAGCACGCAAGGGAAACUGCAGACGCACCACUGACGGUGCCUGUAGCAAAAGUUUGGUGCGAUGGUAGGAGCGGGCUGUGCGAAGAACGAGGACGCGGUCAUCACUUCGUCCUGCAGUAUGGUGCGCCGAAGGGAAGGUGUGAGAUGUUGGGCUUGAAGCGUGUUGGAAGAGACCUGGGGCUGGGCUCGCUGAUCUGA